AUGUCUCAUCGUUAUUCAGUUUGUAUUCCAACAGAUUGCAUUUGGUCUUGUGAGAAUUUGGAACAGAUAACGAAUAAAGUGUACCAAAUUGCCAAAACUUUGACUUUAUUUAAUGUUCAAGAAUGUGUGAUCUUAGAAACUAAAAGACCUUCCAAAUCUAACAAGAUCCAUCCGCCAAAAGACAAUAAAUUGAGUGAUUCCAUGUUAAUUUCAUCGUUAUUACAAUAUUUCAUCACACCAUCCUAUUUAAGAAAAAUUGUAUUUAAAUCAAAAUUCCAUAACUAUUUCCACUAUGCAUCUAAAUUACCUAAAUUGACAGUAUUGCCUUAUAUGAGACAAAAUGACGAAAAUAUCAAAGUAUUCCGUGAAGGUGUGUCUAUCCCAAUGAAAAGACCAGUGAAUGGCAAAAAAGUCAAUAAACAAACUAAAUAUAUUUGUGUUGGUAAAGAAAAACCGAUAGAAUUAAAGAGUCAACUGGUACCGAACAAUGUAAGGGUUACCGUAAAUAUCAAAGAAAACAAAGUUGUAUCUCCGUAUGAUGCAUAUGGUACAGAGAAUGUUGGUAUCAAUGCUUCCUAUGGGUAUGGUGUGCGUAUCGCCCAUUCAUUUAAUGAAAUUUUCACAGAGAUGGUUGUUCCUUAUGAACAAAGUUGCUGGGUUGAAUGUGGUGACUAUUACAAAGUAAAAGAGAACGAACAAUUGUCAACUCUAGCUAAUUUAAGGGACGGCAAUAUUUUGAUUAUUUUUGGUCAAUGGAAUAGAUUACAAGAUUCUCUUAUCAAGGAUGAAGAAAUUGUCAGUGUUUCUCAAUUUAUGGAUGGCCAAUGGGCCUUACCAAAAGUCAUUCCAACUGGUCAUUUAACUGUAGAGGAUGCUUGCAUGGUAGCCCUGACAAGUCUAUCCAUCAACAGUUAA